AUAUAAAGCUGCCCUCGUGGGUAUAUUAUCACAAUAUAAUAAGAAUGUCUCGAGGUACCAGUGCAGGAUUUGAUCGGCAUAUAACUAUAUUUUCUCCAGAGGGUAGACUUUAUCAAGUUGAGUAUGCAUUUAAAGCCGUUACUCAAAGUAACCUCAAUACUAUUGGUUUGCGUGGAAAAGAUUGCUCAAUCGUUGUGACACAGAAGAAAGUUCCCGAUAAAAUGAUAGAUCCAAUCUCAAUUACUCAUUUGUUCUAUAUCACAGAUAAGAUUGGAUGUGCCAUGACAGGAUUAACAGCUGAUUGUGAGUCUCAGGUAGAAAGAGCUAGAUAUGAAGCAUCUGAUUGGAAAUAUAAAUAUGGAUUUGAUAUACCCGUUGAUGUUUUGGCUAAAAGAAUAGCAGAUAUAUCCCAAGUUUAUACCCAAAAUGCUGAAAUGAGACCUUUAGGAUGCAUAAUGAUCUUAAUAUCCUACGAUGACGAAAACGGACCUCAAGUUUAUAAAACCGACCCCGCCGGAUAUUGUUGCGGGUUUCGGGCAGUCGCUGUCGGCUCCAAACAAACCGAAAUGUUUAGUUUCCUGGAAAAAAAGUUCAAGAAAGAGGAAGGCCUAUCCAUGGACCAAUGCAUUAAACUCGCAAUAUCUGCCAUGGGAACCGUUCUCUCGGCCGAUUUUAAAUCCUCGGAUCUCGAAAUAGGUGUAGUGACUAGGGAUGAACCAGUUUUUAAGAUUUUGAACGAGAACCAAAUAGAACACUAUCUGGCAAAAUUAGCCGAAGAAACAUAACGCACAUUUUAUUAAUGAUUUUUUAUUCAAAUUAUACAUUUAUAUAUUUAAAAAAAUAUUCGGGCGAUAUUUGUAAACUCCCUGAUUUCAUAUCUUUUUGUCA